AUGGGUGGCCCACCUGUGUUGACCGUUCACAUGACGUCCGAUAACGAUGACGAUUCCGUGGCGGUGUCAUCGGACUGCAGUGGUUGCCCAAGUCCUGUGCCCGCCGCUAAAAAUGGUCGUGUGCCCACCAGUGCCACCAGUACCUCCACCACCGCCAAGGGAAUACUGGUGCAUAACAACAAGAAAUCGGCCAACACGAAUCGUGUGAGCUUCGUUACGAAUUCGUCGAAGACAGUGUCCUCGUCGUCUCUGUCUCCGUCACCUUUGCCGUCGAUCGACCGAUCCAAGAAAAAACGUAACCAGCCACGACGAUCGGACGACAAGGACGACGACGUCCGGUUGCCUUACCACGAUCAGACUGACAGACGACUGACGGGUUUCGGCAUAAAGAGUUACUUGCAUGAGUUCUAUGAUGAUCCCGAUGACCGCCAAUUGUUUCAGGAAGGCGUUGGCGGUGGCGGCGGAAACGACGUCGACGACUUCAAAUACUUUGUGGAACCUGAAAUCCGCUGGUAUCGCCACUGCAGUGGCGUGUACGCGGUACUCGGACUGGCCGUGAUGGCCGUGGGGGCGGCAGCGAUGGCCGCCGGUCAUCUUAUACCGACCAAGGACCCCGUGGUCGGCCGGUCCGUCCACAUGGAGGUGAUCGACCGGAGGGCCGUUUCGUUCAACGAUCACUUGGCCUCGUGCCGUUACAUCGGUUCGAUGGUGUUCGCCGUCGGUCUCGUGUUCACCGUCAUCCGGUUUUGGGCGUCCGUGAUAAGGGGCGGCGGUGGCGGUGCUAUCAGUGGCAGUGACGAAGAACGGGCGACCAAGAAACUGCRGGUUGGCAAAGAGCGGCCGUCGCCGACCAAAGUGCAAACCGUCCGAAUACCCAUCACGGGCACGCUGGAGAACGUACAGCCCGACCCGACGGCUAUAAAACUGCAGUUCGCCGACAACAGUUGAAAUACUAUAACAAUAAUAAUAUGCAAUUAUCAAACGCAAUAUUGUCAAAUAUAUAUAUAAUCAUUGAUAUUAUGCUAUAUUAUAUACCUACGCUGUAAUCUGGCUAGAACUUAAUUUUCAUAAGUGCCAGUCAGUGUUUUUCCACCCAACAGUGACUUAUAAUUUACUAUUCCGUUAAUGGUAUUAAGAGGACGGUACACGGACAUUAAUAAUUAUUUGUUGACUACGUCUCACGAGUGCGUAACGUAGCAAAUUUAUGCUCAGCGAAUCACCGUUAUAGCUCUGUUACUUUAAAAAUUAGAGUGAAUCGACCUGAUAUUAUGGAGCUUGGUGGUAAGAGUAUUAUCCGUGUUUUUUUAUGAUUGUUCAAAUUUUAAAGCGAGUUAUGUGCAUUCUUAAUUUAUAAUAUACUAUACGAGCAAAACUUGAUAAAAAAUUUGACUAUCGUAAGAAACCCACUUUCGUACACAGAAAAUGUUUUUUCCAUCAAGUUUCAUAAUUAGUCAAUUCACUCUAAAUUUUUAAACUAACGAAGUAAACGUGAUCUGCUGGGAAUAAAUUUAGUAAGUCACCCACUUGUAAGACGGAGACAAGAAUAGUAAAAAUAUUGUUGUUUUUGUUAUUAUUAUUAUUAUUAUUAUUACUUUGAUGAUAAUGACUUAAAUAAAAUAUAAUAUUCUAUGUACUUCAAAAGCUUAAACUAUGAUGUGAUUAUAAACCAGAAACUCUUGUAACAUUCAACCUGAUAUGCUCUUAAAAAUCUUAAGAUUUGGAAAAAAAGAUAGCUAAGUAUGCUUUGCAUAAAUAAUAAUUGAGAUAGAAGGUUAAUUGUAGUUUCAAUCCAUAAUUAUCACAUUUCAUCUCCUCUCGCAAAAUAGGUGCUGUUUUAAUAAUUAGUCAUAGGUGCAAAUUCAGUUUUAAAUUUGAUAGGCUACAAACAUUUUUUAAGCGAACUCUAAGGGACUAUUCCUUUCAACCCUUCGUUUAAAUUUCGUUAAAAAACCUAACAUAUUUUCAACAUAUAAUUUACUAAACGACAAUACAAAUUAGUCAACUAAUGACAACACUUUACUUGAAGAUUUAAUUAGUUUUUACUAUGAAUUAUGUGAAUUUUAUACUAGAAACCCCUAUGCACUAUAAAACCUGAAAAAUUCUUUAUAAAAAUGUGUACUGUAUGUAUAAUUAAGAAUUAUAAUUUAAAAGCUUAAAAUCUAUAAAAUACAAGAUAUUUUGAAUUAGAGACUUCGUGCUUAUUCAUAACAUUUAAUACUAAACAAAAAAUUCAUAAAACAUAUGAAAGUUGUAAUAUUGACUGAAUCAAAAAAAGUAAUAUUAAGUAUCUAAUAAAAUGAUCAAAAAAUAAGGUAUAAUAAAAUCUAAAAAAAAAAUUGUGUAUACUAAGUGUGACUUAGUUAGUCUUAUAGCUGCAGCUGAUGUCAAAUAUGUUCAAUAACAAAAAAAAAGACAAUAUAAAUCAAAAUUGGAAAGGAUCAAAAAUAAAAGUUUCAAUAUUUAA